AUGUCGGCCCCGCCGCCCGGGUCGUUCCUCGACACCGGCGACAACGCGUGGCAGCUGACGUCAGCCACGCUAGUGGGCCUACAGACUAUGGUGGGGUUAGUCAUGAUCUACGGUGGGGUGGUCAAAAAGAAGUGGGCGAUCAACUCCGCAUUCAUGGUCAUGUACGCAUACGCGGCAGUUAUGCUGGUGUGGGUCAUCUGCGGCUACCGCUUCUCCUUCGGGAAAUGGCUCAUUCCGUUCUGGGGCCGCCCCGGAACGACGCUCGGCGCCGGAUUCGAGUCCACCCAGGCGAAUCUGUACGCGGCUUACAUCACCCCGGCCUACGGAAUGGCGACCAUGGUCUUCUUCCAAGGGGUGUUUGCGGCCAUCACGGUCGCCCUCAUCGCGGGGGCGCUCCUCGGGAGAAUGAGCUUCCUGGCGUGGAUGUUGUUCGUGCCCUUAUGGCUUGUGUGCUCUUAUUCGGUCUGCGCGUUCUCGAUCUGGGGGGGAGGGUUCCUGUACAAGUGGGGCGUGCUGGACUACUCCGGGGGCUACGUCAUCCACGUGUCGUCCGGGACGGCGGGACACGUGGCAGCCGCGUGGCUCGGGCCCCGUCUCCUGCGUGACCGCGAGCGCUUCCCCCCCAACAACGUCAUCUUCGUUAUGGCGGGCGCCGGCAUGCUCUGGCUCGGCUGGAACGGCUUCAACGGGGGCGACCCUUACUCGGCAAACGUCGACGCGGGGGUCGCCGUUCUUAACACCAACAUUGCAGCGGCGACCAGCAUGCUCGUGUGGAUCCUCCUCGACUACGUCUUCUUCGGAAAGCCGUCCGUCAUUGGCGCCGUGCAGGGCAUCAUCACCGGGCUUGUUGUUAUCACUCCGGGGGCCGGCUUCAUCCCCGGGUGGGCCGCGAUCGUGGAGGGUGUCUGUUCCGGUUCCGUUCCGUGGUUUACCAUGAUGGUGCUCGCGCGCAAAGUGCCCCUCUUCAAGAUCGUGGAUGACGUAUUAGGAGUUGUUCACACUCACGCUGUCACCGGGCUCUUGGGGGGCAUUCUCACCGGCGUGUUCACACUGCGCGAUCUGGCCGCGUCGUUCCCGACGUUCCGGCCGUCCAACGGGCUUGUCCAGGGAGGCGGUGGGCAGUUCGGCAAGCAGAUCGUGGGCGGCCUCUUCGUCGUCGGCUGGAACAUCGUGCUGACGUCGCUCAUCAUGCUCUUCCUCAAGCUGAUCGUCCCGCUGCGGAUGUCCGACGCGCAUCUGGAGAUUGGAGAUGACGCGGCGCACGGGGAGGAGGCAUAUGCCCUUUGGGGGGAGGGGAUGACGUACGACGAGUCGCAGCACGGAUGGAGCGGGCCCGAGGAGAAGAGCGCUCACGCGGAGAGGGUGGUCAAAGAGGGGGGAUCCCCCGAGGGAAUGGCGGCAGGCGGGGAACAUACGCGGCUCAAAAGUGCCGCGAUGGUGUGA